GUCACAGGGUCUAUGUACUAGCUGUUUACAUUAUUUUAAUUUCCUAAUUGACUUUGGGUCUAAACCCCUUCUUUUCUUCCCCACAAGCCAACCCAACCACCCGACUGGUCACACUUCAAAUAUUUACUUCUUCUUCUUCUUCUUCUUUGCAUUAUUAGUUCAUUUACAUGGAAAAUCAACGCCGCCAAUUCAUGACCUUCUUACGCUCUGGCGACUUCCUCCCAUCUAAUAAUCCCGAUCGCCUAAUUAUUCAGAAUCCAAUCCACCAUCAUCAUGCCAAACCCUCCAACAUCGUCAACGAAAUGGAUUUAUUUCCCACUACCACUUCAACCUGUAGCAACAAGGAAGAUGAUCCAAACCGCCACCAUGUCCUACACACUCUCACUAAUCCAAUAUCCCAUCCUCCUCCUCCUUCUGCACUUGUGAAUACUGGAUUAGAUUUGCUCACUUUAAAUUCUGGAUUUUCAACUUCUGAACGUAAAGAUAAAUAUGAUCAGAAAUCCGAUGUCCAGUUGACUAAUACUCUUCAAGUUGAGUUAGAGAGACUUCAGCAGGAGAAUCGGAAGCUGAAAAGCAUGUUGGACCAGAUCACCAAAAACUAUAAUCUCCUACAAGCUCAGCUACUCGUGGCGAUGCAAAAACAACCAGCACGAUGCCAUACACUGCUAGAGCAGAAAACUGAGGUGAGUGGCAUGUCAAGUCACGCCAAAGAGUUUAUGGAGCCACAAGACUUAGAUGUCAAGGAUCCGCGGGUUUGUGAUGGAAAGAGACUAGCACGGUGCGAGACCAUGGAGGUGAUGUCAAAGGAAAUGCAGCAUAGUACAAGUCAUUUUGAUGAUGGUGGUGGUGGUGGUGGUGGUGGUGGUCUUGAUCAGUCAUCCCAGUGUUGGGGUUCCCCUGAAAGUCCCAAGUACAAGUCGGGCGAAGCCAAUCAAAAGCAGCAACAACAACAACAGCAACACCAACAACAACCUCCUGAUCACCUCCCUUUCAGGAAGCCCAGGGUGUCCGUACGAGCAAGAUCGGAAGCUCCGCUGAUUAACGAUGGAUGCCAAUGGAGAAAAUAUGGUCAAAAGAUGGCCAAAGGUAAUCCUUGUCCACGGGCCUAUUACCGUUGCACCAUGGCCGUUGGAUGCCCAGUGCGAAAACAGGUUCAAAGAUGCGCAGAGGAGAAGAGCAUUCUCAUAACAACAUACGAAGGGAAUCACAACCACCCUCUCCCUGCAGCAGCCACAGCCAUGGCUAACACUACAUCCGCAGCAGCAGCCAUGUUGCUAUCAGAUUCAACUACUAGUAUGGAUCAUCAUCAUCAUCACCAUAAUCAUAAUCAUCAUCAUCAUAUAACGUUGAAUAAGAAUUCAUCAUCAGCAUCAACUGCCUUAAGCUUCUUCCCCAGUUCAUGUAUUAAUAAUUCCAUUCCGGCCUAUGCUUCAAGCAUGCCAACCCUUUCAGCGUCCGCACCGUUUCCCACUAUCACCCUCGACCUCACCCAUAACCAUAAUCCCACGCAUGAAUUAAUCAACCGUUUUCCACCCCUCCUUUCUUUCCCUGGCCCACCGCGUCCGCUUCCGCUUCUAGGGCACCCCAUGUACUUAAAGCUACCGGCAGUGGUUGACACUGUCACUGCUGCCAUCGCUUCUGACCCUAAUUUCACUGCUGCCUUAGCCGCCGCCAUCUCUAGUACUAUUUCAGGUGCAAACAACGAUACCAACAUUUCUCUUAGUACUGCUAGUGGAAAUAAUAAUGUUAUUGCUUCUUCAACAAAUGGACUUCCUGGCUCCCCUGAUCAGUUACCUCACUCCUGCACCACCUUCUCCACUACCUAACUCAUAAAUAUAUAGAUAUACAUAUAUAUAUAUAUAUAUAUAUAUAUGUCUACAGACACUCAUUUACUUUCACACUUACUUGUAAUUAAUAUAUCAUCAAGAGUUGUCGAAGAAUUUCGGACAAGCAUAGAUUGGGAUGCAAGAUUCAAGUGAAGCGAAUAAGUUGGGAAUAAAGAAAUAUUCUUCUUUUGUACAUAUAAUAUAGUACAAUUCUAUAUAAUAUAUGGUGCAUUUAUAUGUGUUAAAUUACCAUCUAAAAGUUUAAGCGGCUAAGAUUUCGGUUUAUAAGAUAUAUCAAAUUUGUAUCCUUUGUUUGGGUUAAGUGGCACCGUUCCUUAGUAUUUUCCCUGUGUGUGUCUUUUCAGUCGUUGCUUAAGUAUCCUUUUGUGUUUGUGUUUGGCAUCGCUGUGUUUAUAUUAUUAUGUUAGCUGUUCGGAUAGUUUCCACUUUUAGUUGAGGCUUUUUGUAUCUUUAAUAAAAGUGGUAGGUAUCUAUUUUAUUUUC